AUGGACGGUUGUGGUGGUGGUUCAGCCGUAAACCUCCUGCCGCACAAUUGUUUAGAACAAAUUUUCUCCUAUCUAAGCCUACGCGAUCUCAGGAACUGUUCCCUAGUGUGCAAAAGGUGGUACGACUUCUUAAACGACGAAAAUAACGACGUGUGGCGGUUGCACUGCAUCCGAAAGUUGGCCGAGGAGGCCCUAAAAUCGGACCUUCUAUCCUCAGUUCCUACAUACAAAGCGAAGCUAAGGGCUUUCUAUCACGCUUGGAACCCCAACGAUUGUUCUAGGAAUAUUUACAUUAAGCCCAACGGGUUUACGUUGCAUAGGAAUCCUGUGGCUCAAAGUACUGACGCUUGCCGAGGUAAAAUUGGAUUUAGACACGGAAGACACGCUUGGGAAGUGAUAUGGGAGGGCCCCCUCGGUACAGUUGCCGUUAUAGGCAUAGCUACAAAGGAUGCACCUUUACAAUGCCACGGAUACGUGGCCCUUUUAGGUUCUGAUGAUCAAAGUUGGGGCUGGAAUUUAGUUGAUAAUCAUUUGUUGCAUAAUGGAGAUGCGCAAGGGAAUUAUCCUUUAUUAAAUAAUGCACCUAAAUAUCAAGUUGGAGAACGAAUCAGAGUUAUAUUAGAUUGUGACGACAAUACACUAUCCUUUGAGAAAAACUAUGAAUUUUUAGGAGUUGCAUUUAGAGGAUUACCAGACAAAAAACUUUACCCAACUGUAUCUGCGGUUUACGGAAACACCGAAGUAUCGAUGGUCUACCUUGGAGCGCCUCUAGAUGGCUAA